AAGGAAAGGUGAUGGUGGUGCAGGUGAUGGGCUGCCCCGGGGGAGGUAAAGACGAGCAGCACCCUCUGUGCGGGAGCAACCGCUGGAUGUUUUCAAGCUCCAAAUUUCAAAGAGCAGUCUCAGCACUAUGUCCGUUAGCAGCCACGAGAACCGGAAAUCCCGCUCGAGCUCCGGCUCCAUGAACAUCCACCUCUUCCACAAACCGGGCCACGCCGACAGCCUCCUCACCCAGCUCAACCUGCUCCGCCAGCAGAACCUUUUCACCGACGUGGUGCUGCGGGCGGGGAACCGCAGCUUUCCCUGCCACCGCGCCGUCCUGGCUGCCUGCAGCCGCUACUUCAAUGCCAUGUUCAGCGGGGGCCUCAAGGAGAGCAGGGAUGCCGAGGUGAACUUUCACGACUCCCUGCACCCCGAGGUGCUGGAGCUGCUGCUGGACUAUGCCUACUCAGCCCGGGUACUGAUCAACGAGGAGAACGCCGAGUCCCUGCUGGAGGCCGGGGACAUGCUGCAGUUCCAGGAUAUUCGGGAUGCCUCGGCCGACUUCCUGGAGAAGAACCUCUACCCUGGGAACUGCCUGAACAUGCUGCUGCUGUCUGACGCCCACUGCUGCGAGCGGCUGCUGGAGCUGUCCUGGAGGAUGGCGCUGGCCAACUUCACCUCACUCUGCAAGACCGAGGAUUUCCUGAGGCUGCCCAAGGACAAGCUGCUGGAGCUGGUGGAGAGCGAGGAGCUGGAGGUGGAGGAUGAGACGCUGGUCUACGAGGCUGUCAUGGGCUGGAUCCGGUAUGAUCUGCCUCGGCGCCACGAGGUUCUGCCGGAACUGCUGCGCUCUGUCCGCCUGGCCCUGCUCCCCGAGUCCUACCUGUGCAAACAGGUGGCCUGUGAGAAGCUGGUGACCAGCCACAAGCUGGGAGAGGAGAUUGUGGCUGACGCUGUGCGAUGCAAGAUGAAGAUCCUGCAGAACGAUGGGCUGGUGACGGGGUGCUGCGCCCGGCCUCGCAAGGUCAGCCAGGCCCUGCUGCUGCUUGGGGGCCAGACCUUCAUGUGCGACAAGAUUUACAUGUUGGACCAUAAAACCAGCGAGAUCAUCCCCCGUGCUGACAUCCCCAGCCCCCGGAAGGAGUGCAGUGCCUGCGCCAUCGGCUGCAAGGUUUACAUCACUGGGGGCAAAGGCUCCGAGAACGGCGCUUCCAGGGACGUCUGGGUCUACGACACUCUUCAUGAUGAGUGGGCAAAAGCUGCUCCCAUGCUGGUGGCGCGGUUUGGCCACGGUUCCGCCGAGCUGGACCACUGCCUGUACGUGGUGGGGGGUCACACAGCCAUGAGCGGGGCCUUCCCAGCCUCUCCCUCCGUCUCCCUCAAGCAGGUGGAGCACUAUGACCCUCAGCUGGACAAGUGGUCUCUGGUGGCCCCUCUCCGGGAAGGCGUCAGCAACGCUGCUGUGGUGGGGGCCAAGAUGAAGCUGUUUGUUUUUGGGGGCACCAGCGCCAACCAGAACAAGCUGCCCAAGGUGCAGUGCUUCGACCCCUGCCAGAACCGCUGGACGGUGCCCACCAGCUGCCCCCAGCCCUGGCGCUACACAGCGGCUGCCGUGGUGGGCAGCCACAUCAUGGUCAUCGGCGGGGACACGGAGUUCUCGGCCAGCUCCGCCUACCGCUUCCACAGUGACACCAACCAGUGGUCCAGGUUUGGGGAUGUCACUGCCAAGCGCAUCAGCUGCCGCGCUGUCACCUCGGGGAACAGGCUGUACGUGGUGGGGGGCUACUGCGGGGCCCAGCGCUGCAAGACCCUGGACUGCUACGACCCCUCAUCCGACACCUGGAGCAGCGUCACCACGGUGCCUUAUUCCCUCAUCCCCACUGCCUUUGUCAGCACCUGGAAGUACCUGUCUGCCUGAGAGUGGCAAAGACUGGGAGGUAAAUAGUUGUGGAUCAACCCAGAGCUCCUUAUAUAUAACUUUGUGCUGCACAAAGGUUAAACCUUGAGGGGCAGAUGCACGUGGAUCUGGACUGCAGUUGUCCUCGUGCGAGCAUCAGCUUCAGAAAACAUGUUUUCAGGCUGGCAGUUUGGGAUCUAAAACCCUGCAGGAGAGAGAAAGUCUCUUUAAGGUGCCAAAAUGCUGCAGGGAGAAGAUUGGUAUAAAUAACAGGACUCUUAACCUGGCAUCUUAGCCCUGCCACCGAGUCUUGGCCUAUGCAAAGAUUUUGGGGAAUGCUCUGUGUGAGGAUUGGGUGUCAUCCCUAGGUCAGAAGGCUUCUGGAGUGGAUGUUUUCCCAGGCUCAGUGUCUGCAGGAGCUGGGACAGACCGUGCGGUUCCAUGGGGCUGCUUUUAGCACAGCCUCCUCCUCCUGGUGCCACAGUUAAUCUGCCAGUGGCACCCAAAUGUCUUGUGGGACGCCAGGGCUGGGAGCUGGUGCCAGAACAAGAUUAUAGCUGGGAUUUAGUCCCAGAGUGGUGGGUAAUUGCGUUUAUAAGACAAACUCUGUCUAUGUAUAAACACAGGGUUUCUCUGCUUCUAAUUAUUGCCUGGUGUCCCUUUCAUGCCAUUGCUUCCCUGCUACACAGAGAUUGACUUUCAAACAUUUGCAACUGGAAUUAAACCUUUCUAAAGGCUCUUUGGCAGAAAUUAUGCCAAUGAAUCACAGAUCCUGCAGGGUUUUUAUUUUCUCCUUGCAAGAGUUGUACUACUCAAAUGCAAUAAAAUAUCCUAUGAUAUCUGUAGAAGAUUCCUGGACCUUGAGGGAAAUCAGCAGCCAUUCAUUGCUGAGCUCUCUGUGGGAUCCAAGGCCUGAGGGGUGUUGGGUUUGCUGUGCACUGGUGUCACAACAGUCUGCUUCAGGCUUCACACCUUAUUAUGCCAGUGUCUCACUUGACUGAGGAUCCAGAUGGAAAACACCUCCUCCUAUCCAGCAAGUCCGUGAGCUGGGUGCCAGUGUGGGUCCCACCAGCACCUGCAGGGCUCAAGGCAAUACAGCUCUGGCUUUGAAGUGCUCCUGCAAAUCCAUCUCCUUCGUCAGCCCAGGGAGGGGACAAGCAUAGAAGGACCUCCUUGGGCUGGAAGCUUGUGCUGUCCCUGGAGACAGCAAAAGGUGUCCAGGUUUUCCACUAACUUGUGUCAUCUCAGAGCAGGAACCAGAGGGAUAUUUUGGGUUUUUAGUGGUGUUUACUAGAAAGGACAAAGGAUGCUCCUGACUGGCCACAGGCUCUGGACUGUGCUGCUGGGACUCUCAGCACAGGCAGCACUAGAGGCUGGAAUGUCUGAACAUGUGACAGUACUUUGCCCAUGGGCUGGUUCUUUACAUUUUUUUUUUUUUUAUACAGCAGUUGUGUGUUUAUUACUCAGCCUGGAGCUACUUAAAUAAAUUUGAAUAAAAUCCA